CACAGGACGAAGAAAAAUGAAGAUGGCGUCUGGCGGAGAAUACGUUUUUGUGGUUAAUAUAGUGCUGUUUUCUUCAUCAGCACGUACAUGUGCAAAUGUAUGCUGUUUCUUUGAGUAAACAUCGUCAAUGUUUGUUUUUACCGGAUGCAUUAGUCUGAGAGCACUAAAACAAUCAAUGACGCUUUCCGUGCGCGCUUGGCUUGCUAGUUAGCUUAGCUCUUUAGCUGCUAACAAAGAGACGCGGAAGUGAUCAAAACACAUCGCUAAGCAGAGAUCAAGUGUGAGUGUAAAGUGUUGUGAUUGUGUGAAAAUGUGUGAAAGAGCGAUAGCAGAGUAUGAGGAGGACCUUUCUCCAACAAAAGAGGAGAACAAGAGACAACAUCAACUACUGGACGCUGUUUACAAACUUAAAGUUGUGUUACACAAAACAGACCAGCAGCCCCCCCACAUUAAAGAGGAAGAGCCACAGCCCCCACACAUUAAAGAGGAAGAGGAAGAGCCAAAGUCUCCACAUAUUAAAGAGGAAGAGGAGGAAGUGUGGAUCACUCAGGAGGGAGAGUGUCUUCUAGGGCAGGAGGAGGCUGAUCUCACCAGGUUUCCGCUGACCGUUGUCUCUGUGAAGACUGAAGACCAUGAAGACAAACCACCUGAGUCCUCACACCUUCAUCACAGUCCAAAUAUCAGUGAAGAACAUAUUCUCCCCGGGCAGCGGGACUGGAUCUCCAGGAUGGAGCAGGAGCCACAGCUACCCUAUGUUAAAGAGGACGAGGACUCACAACCGCCCCCCAUUAAAGAAGAGGAAGAGGAGGAGUCACAGCACCCGCACAUUAAAGAGGAAGUAGAAGAACACAGCGACUAUCUUGAAGGACUGGAGGAGGUUGAUGUCACCAAGAUGCCAUUGACUGGUGCGAUUGUGAAGAGUGAAAAUGAUGAGGUCAAAGGUGAAAGUGAGGAGAAGAGAGAGGCAGAGCCUCCAAGCAGCAGCUCAACUCAACACAUGACAACAGAAGCUGAUGGAGACCACUGUGGAGGAUCACAAGCAGACAAGAUCUUAGCUCCACUAUCAGAUAGUGACGACACAACGUCUCACUCUCCUGACACUGAUGAUGGAGACUCUAAAGAUGAUAAGACAUGUCACACUGACAACACACACUUAACAUGUUCUCACUGUGACAAAACUUUUAGUUACCAGAGUAAACUGAAAAGACACAUGAGAACACACACUGGAGAAAAACCUUUUACCUGCUCAGUUUGCGGUAAAAGGUUUGCACAAAAAAAUGUGUUGAAAGAUCAUAUGCAAAUACACACAGGAGAAAAACCUUUUUCCUGUUCAGUAUGCGGUAAAGGUUUUGCACGAAGACAGGGUUUGAAAGUGCACAUGAGAACACACACUGGAGAAAAACAUUUUUCUUGUUCAAUCUGUGGUAAAAGUUUUAUGCAAAAUCAGUAUUUGAAAGAACACUUGAAAACACACACCGGGGAAAAAACCUAUUCCUGUUCAAGGUGCAACAAAAGCUUUUAUUACCAAUCAGCAUUCAUAAGACACAUGAGAACACACUCUGGAGAAAAAAUGUUGUCUUGUUCAAUCUGUGGUAAAGGUUAUAUACACAAUCAGUCUUUGAAAGAACACUUGAAAACACACACCGGAGAAAAAAUCUAUUCCUGUUCAAGCUGCAACAAAAGAUUUUAUUACCUAUCAGCAUUUAUAAGACACAUGAAAACACACACUGAAAAAAAAGCUUUUUCUUGUUCAAUCUGUGGUAAAUGUUAUAAACAAAAUCAGUGUUUGAAAGUACACACAAGAACACACUUUCGAGAAAACAAUUGUUCUUGUUCAAUCUGUGGCAAAUGUUUUACACAAAGUAGUGAGUUGAAAGUACACGUAAGAAUACACACUGGAGAAAAACCAUUCAUGUGCUCAAUUUGUAGUAAAAGAUUCACCCAGAAGGCAAAUUUGAUCAUGCACACAAGAAUACACACUGGUGAAAAACCUUAUAUAUGUUCAGAAUGUGGUAAAGCUUUUACACAAAGGCACUGUUUGAAAGCACACACAAGAAUACACACAGGAGAGAAAGUGUUGAGUUGCAGUGUGUGUGGUGAAAGAUUCUCUUCUAAGUACCAGUGUAAGAAACACAAGUGUGCUGGUGAGAACAGCAGCAGCAAAUGAAGCUGCAGGAUUUGAAAUAAACCGUCAAAACGUUCACUUUGACUUUCAAAGUCACAUCAUUGUGUGUAACACAAUCUUGUUAAUAUACUUUUAACAUUUCUAGAUUAUAUGUUUUAUAUUGGUACCUUUUUCAUGCAUUUAUAUACAACAUUGUGCACUGUUGUUUAAAAAUGAAUGGAUCAAUAUGACUGAAAAGGGAUAGUAAACAGUACAAAUCAUGUUACAUACAAUAAAAUAGUCUGUGUAUAUUCAUAUUCAUAAUUCACUUGCAUACUUAUUCAUAUUAGUGUUUUUAUAUUGGUUUUUGGAAUAAUCAAGUGUUACAUUUUUUUUUUUAAUUUUAAGCGAUUGCAUGGAUGAACUCAUUUAUACAUAUUUCUUUUACAUUUGUUCAUACGGACGCUAUCUGCAACACC